AUGAAAGCGUGGUCAUGUGCCGGUCAGGCAGAGGUAGUUACUCGAGGAACCAAGCGAUGUACCAAAGAGUUACUAAAAAGCAUCACCACCAUCGCCGAACAACCAACCCCGAGGAAAAAGCCGAAACAAUGCCGCUUGCCACGCUCAUACAAACCCAGAGUCGGUACCGCCAACACCAACACCUCCGGUAACUCGGACUCAACCUCCCCAACAACCAAACAAACCUUCAACCACAGUAAUAGUACGUCCACCCAGUCUCCCAUCUCUCCAACCUCUCGACAAACACCUCCAACCCCCAUAACCACGCACCCCCACCACAUCUCCCCCUCCCACCCCUCCCGCACCCGCAAACUCACCCUCCGCUCCCGCGGCCUCAUCCCCCUCCCAUCCUCUCUCACAUCCAUCACACCCAAACACACCCGUCUUUCCCCUGCAUCCCACGCCCUCCUCCUCAAAAAGGCUUCCCACCUCUCCCAAUAUGAACCCCUCGUCAUCCCCCGCUCCUUUCGACGACAUAAGAAAACCACCGUAGAUGCCACGCUAGCGUUUGCGCAAUCCGAAGCCGGAACGGCGUUUUGUAUUAGGGAGGAUGGACUGUUGUUGACGGCGGCGCAUUGUGUGGCUGAGACGGGGGUGGAGGCGGUGGGGAGGGUGUUUUGGUUGGUUAUGUCGGCGGGGGAGGGGGAUGGGGAGGAUGGGAAGGAGUGGUGGGGGUGGUGGAAGGUCGGGGAGGAGGAUGGGGAGGAGGAUGAGGAGGGUUCGGGAGCGAAGGGCGGGCGUGGAGGGUUGGGGAGGGAGAAGGAGAGGGAGAGCUCAAGGUCGAGGAUUGUGGGUGCCAGGUGUAUAGCGUGGGAUUUGGGGAGGGAUUUGGCGCUAUUGAAGGUUACGCAUGCCCAACAACAACCGGAGGCUUGUGGCUUUUCUUCUGGAAGGAAAACGGCGGGUAGUAAUGAGAUCAAUUUCUCAGGGAAAGGGAAAGGGAUAGUAAGCUUCCCUUGUGUUAAACUACCCCCACGCCACCAACCCGGAUCCUCACCCGGACCCGCAUCAGGUAAGAAGACAUGGAAAGAACCACCCCUCAACACCCCCUUAGUAGCAAUCGGCCAUCCAGCCGACGAACACCCAGACGAUCCGCCAGGCGUCAAGGCGGUCGGAUCGGAGCACCGCCGAGUAUUACAACUGUCGUCGGGGCGAUAUCUCGGGAUUGCGCCGGACAAGGUCAGCAACCCGCAGGAUAACUCGGACACGGGCGCGAUGCAGCAUGAUUGCUGGACGUACUGGGGAUAUAGCGGCGGGCCGAUCUUUGAGCGGGAUUCGGGGGUGUUGGUGGGUGUCCAUGUGGAUUGGAACCCGGAGGAGCCGUUGGUGAAGAGGGCGGUGCCGUGGUGCGCUGUGGAGGGGUUUUUGGAGGAGAAUGGGUUUUGGAGUUGAUCAUUAUCGGGUUUAGAGUAGAAUAAGCAUUCAGGAUGAGAAAGUGUCACGGAGAUAUUUACUUAACGAUACGAGAACAGAAAGACUGUGUGUCUUUUGACAAAAUGUCAAAGAAUUCAAUUGUCAAAAAGAGCUGAUAACCGACUAGAUGGCAAGAUUACCUGAGUGCGCCUUCUCACGCCAGCCAAGUCAAACAGAUCCCAAAUCCCGUGUCAUAUCCCAUACUAUUGUUAU